CGUGACAUAGAAGCUGCAGACAUGGAUCCGCAUGCGCCGCCGUUGAAAGCGCUGUCUCCGCAGCCGAUUGAUUCGCCCAGCCCCAAUAGAGCCUUUCCCGUCUCAACUGCGCCGUCGUCCUCAAUACCGGCGCUGCCUCUGCGACCGGCGAUGGACCAGCAGCUACCCGACCGCUCGAUGCACAUGGACGACAUGCCUCGGACGACGUCGAUUCCGCGCGGCGCCGACUUCCCCCAGGCUGGCGAUUUCCCCCCAAAGCCCAGCGACUACUCCAAGGCCAGCGAUUAUCCCAGGGCCACAGACUUCCACCCGAGGCCGUAUGAGUACCCGACCUCGAGGCCGAUGCAGCAGCUCCAGUCGCCAAUGCAGCAGCUCCAGUCUCCGUAUAACCCCAUGGUUCCUCAGCUCGAUAUGAAGGAUGUCAAGUCCAGCUGCCAGCGCAAUCUGAGACACCUCAUGUACCUCCAGAACCAGCGGCGCGGCUAUGAUUACGCGUCGCAGGUCGACCUAGAGUGGCAGAUUCG